CGGCGAUCGCAACAUCAUCAAUCGUUUUACCAAAUAAAAUUCAGCACUUCUAAAAGCACAAACUACCCUCUCUCCACAUCUCUUAAUUUACUAUUACCUACCACAUCGAAGUCUCUCUAGCACCAGCCCCUCUUGCAUGUUCAUUUCGACCUGUGCAUGCCCUUUGUCUGCACUUCUUAUCUGAGCAGUAUCUUGCGCGCACGAGGACGGCUCGUUCUUUGUGUCUUUCCCUAAAGCCAUUCUUCAACCCCCCCCCCACCGUCUUCCCUACUUUGCAACCCCCGUUCUCGGUCAACCUCAAUCGCAUCUCACUACUCAUGACAACGAAAACACUAGACCCGGCGGCGAAGCGCAAUGCUUAAUCCCCAGAGGCAGGGUAGCUGGGGAGUCGGCCAAGCGCCGAACCCGCCUAGCAACCCAUUCGCCAAUACAAUGUCUACGCCGCCACCCAACCCGUUCGCUCCCCCCAAGGCCAACCCGUUUUUACAAGGACAGACCAGCGGCGCACCCACGCCAAAUCCUUUCCUAGCCAACGCUGCUCAGCCUUCCUCGUCGAAUCCUUCCAUGCUGCAGACUCUAAGUCAGAUGGCCGAGGGGCAGCACCAAGAUUUCCGCAUGCCAACUAAUAUGAAAAAUCCCUUCGAGAAGAAUCAUACGGAUUCUGCUAUAGAUACGAAUAGCCACUCAACCGCUUCUCCUUUUCAACCCAAACCGAACCCAUUCGGUGGCCAUGGUAAUGCGCAGUCCUCUAACAUAGCAUCCAACAGCAGCUCCUUAAAACCGAAUCCCUUUUCGAAACGAUUACCAACGAUUACCAGCGAGAGCCAAACCUCAGCUACGACCAGUCUGAAUGGCCAAGGGGAAGCUUCCGAAUACGUUCAGCCGGCGUGGCCAAAACAGACACAAACUACCAAACCCGCACCGGCUAAUACCUCGACACUUACAAAACAAGUCAAUGGCAAGCGAAAAGGUGAUGAUGAUAUCCAGGGGGGGAACAAGUUAUCACGAGGAUCGCCAGCCGCAGGAAAGGGUCGUAAUCGAUCUCGUUCACCCGCCCAGGGCAAUAAGAAGGACACACCUACUGGAAAAGACGUGCCGGGGAACCCAAAAUCUAGCCAAGACCGAGAUGAAUUCGCUAAAAAGAUUCGAAAUCAGUUAGCAAAGGAUAAAAUCAGGCCACCACAAUGGCCUGAAAAUCCAGGUAGUUUUGCACAACGUCAGGCUAUAGAACGUUUCCGCGAAACUUACAAGGCUUACCGGGAAAGGGCACGGAAAUCGCUCACACGAGCUGGUCUAAUCGAUGAUCCGGACAAGAAGCGAAGGCUCGACGAGGCACUUGUGUUUAAGGGAAUUUGCGAGGACAUGUGUCCUGAGUGGGAGCAAGUAACUCGUAUUGUCGAGCACGAUAUCAGAGGACCGGAGAAGGGUACUGAUGAGAAUGGAGACCUUGUUGCGAUACCCUCACUUAUGGUUAAGCGACUCGCUCGUUCGGCUGCGGGUCAAGACGCACCUCUCCCUAUGGAUGUGCGAUCCGUCCGGACUCUUUGCCGUACCUUAGAUUACUUGAUCGACCUUGUUUCGUCGGACGACAUGCUACCGCAACGACAUAGUUUCCUCUGGGACCGAACUCGAGCUAUUCGAAUAGACUUCUCGUUUCAGAAGUAUGCCAUGACCCCUGACGAGAUACUAGAUCAAAUCUAUUGCCUCGAGACCAUCGCUCGUUUCCACGUUACGUCGCUUCAUUUACUCUCUCGGGGUGGCUCUGCUCCCGCAGACUUUUCAGAGCAACAGGAAGUUGAGCAACUAAGCAAGACCUUGAUCUCCCUAAUGGAAGUAUACGACGACUGUGCACAUCAGGGGAUCAAGUGCAAAAACGAGCCCGAGUUCCGGGGGUAUUUUAUAGUAUUUAAUGCCCACAAUCCGGGACUUAUGGAAAGAAUAGAAGGCUGGGAUAUGCGGUUUGGGAAUGCCGAUGGAAUCAAAUCGGCAAUAGCCAUCGUUCAAUGUAUCGACAAUAUCCGAAAACUGCAGGGCCCCCUGUAUCCAGAGACGUACAGCCCACUAGCUAUCGACGCAAUCUCGAUAUUCUUCAAGCUUAUUGCCCACCCGAGCGUUUCGUAUACUAUGGCAUGCUUCGCCGAGAUACAUUUCAACGAUGUCCGAAAGGGGAUAUUGAAAGUUCUUAGGAGAUCGUUCUCGCGGCCCCGAUAUGGUCCUAAAGACCUACAUCCGUCUAUCCUAAAGCAAUACUUGCAGACCGACACUGAAGAAGAGGCAGUUGAAUUCUUCAAAAAGCACGGUUUUCAGUUUCACGAAGAUGGAUAUGUUAUUCUAUCUCCAAAUACUGAGUAUACCGAUGCUCGAAUACGGCAUUCCUUUUCGGGAGACAUUGUGGAACGUAAACGUUCCGGCCGACCUUUCCCGGAAGUAAUCCGUACAACUGUCUUCGAAGAGAAUGUUGCGGCAAUAUCUAGCUCAGACGAAUCCUCCGAGGAAAGCUUGUUUGUUAGCGACUCGCAGAACAUACCCCUAGCAAAUAGCAACCGCCAAGAGCACCAGAGUUCCGAAAGACUUGACCGUCAGAAAGAAGGUAGUGGGCUUACACCACCCUCCGGUCUUCUGGCUAAAGUAAAGCCUUCCCCGCCGCAAAUUUUCGGAAAUCCCACUGCUACCAUGUCGACGACUGCUGUCCCUUUAAAGCAACCUCUCUUGCCAAAAGUUUCUGGCACAACGUCUAUUUCUCGAGAUGCUUCUUUCACUACGGUCUCUACCCAACCUGCCGUAGUCUCUAGGACCGAAACCACCGACUCUUUUCAGAAGGAACAGCAGACCAGCUCGCUCUUCGGACAAGGUGAUAACUCCACGACUCCUCUCAUUACAAAGGCAGGGAACAUUGACCCAACAUCUAUCUCUUGGGUGCAAAAGCAACUAGGGGUUACUGCUAAGGAGGCUGGCCCCCUUGUAGGGAAGAGCCCAGAACCAAAUCCUGAGAAGGCUGUAAUCGAAAACAAUGUUUCGGCAAUACAGGCAGCCCCUUCCACUAAAAGCGCCUCAGAUCCAAACUUCUUUGGCUUUCUUAACAGCGACAAAAACCUAUCGAUUCCACCAACUCCAUCUGUUUUGGUGAAUGUUAGAGCGAAGGCUUCCGAAUCAUCAAACAAAGAUCGACCGCAACCCUCUACAUCCUCUAGUUCAUCCGCUGCCCCAGACCAAUCAUCAAUUUUUCCACAGCCGUCCCCAAACCUUACACUUAUACAACAACAGCCCCUUUCUACAAGCAUUCCCGGUCCUCCUAGUGUAACCAAAAAGGAUCUGAUGGGCGACUUUACUCGUUGGUUUGUUUGUGCGGAUAGAGGUUUGAUGGAAUCACAGCUUCAAGAAUUUGCGGUUGCCAGUAUUUUGAAGACUGUUUGGGAUGGGUUUCACACAGCCGAAAAGGAACGUAUACGAAGAGAGGAAGAAGAAGAGAUCAACGCCCAAAUACGGCACUUCAGAGAAAGUAGACUCAAAGUCAAAUACUUUUUGCGUUGGCACGAUGGUUUCCGUAAACGGCAACGCAUUAGACGUAUGAAUGAAGAAAAAGAGAAGGCGAGACAAUGGAGAUUGCCUGAAAAUAUAGCAAAACGUGAACGCGCUGCGAAGGAGGAGCAGGAGAGAAUCGUUCAGCAGACGACCGAUUCGAUGCUGAGGAGAAGCCAGCAGAGGGUUGACGAAACGGCCCAACUAAGAGCGUCAACUGGACUGAACCUUGAGUGGAGGGGGCGAAGAAAAACAGCCACUCCAACUCGACUAGGCGUUCAAUCAUCCAGUCCAGAAUCGCGGUCGCGAAGCAUCGAAGAAGCACUGCUUGCGACCGGUGUUUUCAACGGAGUGAAGGAUGGAAGAGCUGCAGCUCGAUAUGUAGCUAGAGAUUACGAUCCCGAAACCGAUGCAGAUCUGCUUCAGGAGAGAAAGAUGCGAUUGCGCACUGAAAACAAGAAUCGGAUUGCGCGUGGAGUCAAUCGGCUGAAGGAGUUACCAGAACCGAAGAUGUAUAAAGAAGGAUCGAAAACAGCGAUGCUUAGAGCUCGCUGUCGCGGUUCUGCUGAUGAUAACAUGUCCACAUCAACAGGAAGCCUUCGCAACUCAACUUUUAGCUCGAGUUAUCGCUCGAGUCUUGGCUACAAUACCGGUCGAGUAUCAAAAUCCCGAUCGAGAGUCGCAGAUCCAUAUUGGACUUUGAAGGCUAGGGGCCUUGUCCGAAUGCCGAACGGCGAGUUCUUACACGAGUCAAUAGCACUACCUAUGUUACGCGAAGGAAAACGAAUCCCCGGCUUUGGAGAUUAUGGAUUACCAGCUGCUGAAGAAGCGCCUCCUAGCCAGUCGCCACCGCCGCCGCUGGCAUUAACCAGUCCAUCUUCUCCACAAAUCCGACCUGAUGACUUACAAGUAAGCCAAAUCAGUAGCAGUUCGCUCUCAGAUACCCGAAGUCAGAAACGUAAACGUCGCAUAACUGAAGGAUCACCUAUAAAUGGAGGCGGCUCACCGAUCAAUACAAAGCGCGCCAAAAGUGGAGAGGUAAAAACUAGCUCUCUUGUAGAUGCUGACGAGCACCUUUCCGACAUUGCGAGCUUUAUGGCAAUGGUUGAGGGCAGGGUUUCAGGACUUGGACAUUCCUGACAAUUUUCAUGAAAAGGGAGGAAGUUAAGGGGGCAUGGUAAUCAGAGAUCGAGAAAAAUGGAUAUAGUCAAUGGCAUUAAGAGAGGCCACGUCAUAAAUCACUCGGUACUAUUAUUUCUUUUUUUUUCUACUUGGAAAUGGCGUGCGUUAUUAGCACAGGAUAGGAUAUACGCCCCUGGUGUUUGGUGCUUGGUGCUUGGUGAAACAUGAUUAGCAGC